CUCUCUCCUUCUCUCUCUCUCACUGAAGCCUCAAAUCCUUCCCGCAUUCUGAAUAUCGCUGUGGUGGGUGAUGGUGGUGAUGAUGAUGGUGGUGCUGAUGGUGAUUUCAGUGUCUCUCAACAGCCAUUAAACCGAAACACUUUGAAUCCACGCGGGUUCAACCAGAAGAGCGACGGAAGUGGUGAGGAAGCAAGAAGAAGCGGAAGCGAAUUUCGCAAUCGACCGCUGGGUGGCCUCCAUUUUGGAUGUCUACUCUGCCGCCGUCGCCUUCUUCAUCCUCUCAGCGGAUUUAACGGUGGGGACGGGGGGGGAGAAGCACUGGAGAAGAGAGGAGUGCAGAACUCUCGCAAUGGUUUUAGGCAGUGCCUAAGAGGAGCGGACGAGGACGGCAAGCGGAGGUGAAGCGGACGGGAAGCCGGAAAGGGAAGCGAAUGGAAUCGCAGAAAGGAAGAUAGAAGUUGAGCGGAAGCAAGUUGAAGCGCAGUGGAGGAGAGGGGCGGCGGUGUGGGGGGGGGAGCAAAGCCAAAGGGAAGCACAGCAGAGCAGAGAUUAGCGAUGCAGAGCGAAGCGUCGAGAAGCAAGGUGGAGCAGACUGAAGCAUCGAGGAGCACGGUGAAGCGAGCCGGAGCUUAACGAAAGCCGAGGUGGAGGUGGCGGGUUUCUGGAGGCGGCACCGAAAAGGCGACGCGGAAUUUACAUGAAGCGAAGCAUCGGAAAGCGCCGAGAAGUGUUAGGGAUCAAAGUGAAGCACAGAGAAGCACAGAGAAGCGUUGAGAAGUAUACGGGUGUUAGACACCGCAGAGAAGGCUUAGGGAAGUGCUGGGAAGCAUUGGAAAACAAUCGGUCGCAACUAAAAUCAUUAAGGAAGCACACCGAAGCAUAGCGGAUUGGUACCAAGGGACACAAAGCACACAGAAAGCACCGAGGAAGCAACCGUGAAAGCAGCAGGGAGUUGAGUGAAGCAGGGAUGCACAUUUGUUGUCGGAAAACUCAGGAGAAGUGACGCACGAAGCACCAGGAAGGAAGCAGCAGGGAAGCAAGGCAAAGGGCCUCAAAGGUAACAGGGUUCAAGGAAAAAGUCCGCUUUGAACCAGGCGACAGGUGGGAACAAACAGCGAGGGCAGUUGGAACACGAGGACAAGAGGAAGGAGGAACGUGCUGUGAUGGAACUAAAACACGUGUCUCUUUAACGAAAGGAGCAAAUUGGAAACCAAGAGAAUUUCUUUAACGAAAGGGGCAGUUGGAACAAAGGCAGUUUAUUUAACAAAAGGGUCAGUUGGAACAAAAGGAGUUUCUAUAACAUAAGGGGCAUUGGAACAAAGGCAGUUUAUUUAACAAAAGGGGCAUUGGAACAAAGGCAGUUUAUUUAACAAAAGAGGCAGUUGGAAUCAAGGCAGUUCAUUUAACAAAAGAGGCAGUUGGAAUCAAGGAAGUUUCUUUAACAAAAGGGGCAUUGGAACAAAGGCAGUUUAUUUAACAAAAGGGGCAUUGGAACAAAGGCAGUUUAUUUAACAAAUAAGGCAGUUAGAAUCAAGGCAGUUUCUUCAAUGAAAGGGGCAGUUGGAACUUAGCCAGUUCGUUUAAGGGAAGAGGAAGUUGGAACAAAAUCAAUUUAUUUAGCAAAAGGUGGCAGUUGGAAGAAAGCAGUUUUCUUUAACAAAAGGUGGCAGUUGGAACAAAGCGGUUUCUUAAACGAAAGAGACAGUUGGGAACAAAGGCAGUUUUUAAACGAAAGGGACAGUUGUAACGAAGCAGUUUUCUUUAACAAAAGGAGCAAUUGGACAGGGGAAACCGUAGAACAAAUAAACUGUUGCGAAGAAAAGGAAUUUACUUGACAAUGGACGGUUGAAACAAAUGAGUAUUUGGAGCAAGAGCGACAGUUGUAACAAGUCAAUUGCUGGAACGAAACUAAAAAUAUUGAAGCAAGGGUAAACUGUUUGAACAAUCUAGCUAUCGGAACAAGCAAAACGAAUUAACAGUUGGAACGAUAGGAAACGCUUGGAACAAGGCACUAGUUCGUAGCAACUGUAAGAAUAUACCUGUUUGUGCACAGGAAUAGAUAAGGAAACAACGCGACAGUUUGGAACACGGCAACAGUUGGAACAAGUCAGCAGUUUGAACAAGGUGACUAUUCGAUGAGAACAUUAAUUUGGGGGGUUAUACGAAUCUUCUUCUGGGCUUUUUGUAGCUAAGGAAUAUUUGGCAGGAAGGUGUCGUUGGAAAAGACGUACAGCUGGAACAUUCCAAUAGUUUGGAACAAAGUCCGUUUUUGGAACAAGACAACUAACUGUUGGAACACGACGGCCGUUGGAAUAAGACAGCCACACUCGUUGUAUGAACACAAAUAUAGGAUUUCGACCUUUGUGGGUCUCGUCAGCAAAGUCAGUAUAUUUUUAUAAGCAAGUGAACUGUGGACCGGUUUUUGCACCUUUGCUGGUCUCAUCAGUAGUUGCAUCAGAGUCAGCCUCAUAUCGUUUGAGCAGGAGAGUGAACUGAACAACAUUUAUAUGUGUAUUCAACCUCUGCGGGUUUCCACCAGCAGCAUCGCUCAGUUUUGUUUUAAGCACGCAAAGUCUGUGCCGGUUUAGAACCUUCGUGGGCCUCUCGUCAGCGGCACCAGAGCUGGUGACAUCUCGUCCAAGCAGGCAAAAACGAGUAAACUCUGGAGCAGCGUCACCUUAAGUCGGAGCUCAUCGGUGAAACCGUGCUCGACCGAGAGAAGCCUAUAAACGGCUUCGACCUUCCGUGGGGGGUCUCAUCAUCACCGUCGUCUUAAUUGUCAAUCGAAGUCGGUCGGACCUCUUCCAAGCUCGCGGACUCCGUUCCCCUCUCGCGCCGCUCAUCGUCGUCGUCGUCGUCGUCGUCAUCAGCGUGGUGGAACCGUCACCGUGCUAAGCAAUGGGCACCCUGCGCGACCUGCAGUACGCACUCCAGGCCAAGAUCGAGGAGCUGAGGCAACGCGACCAGCUCAUCGACGAGCUGGAGCUGGAGCUCGACCAAAAGGACGAGCUCAUCCAGAAGCUGCGUAACGAGCUCGAUAAGUACCGCUCGGUGCUGCUGAGACCCAGCGGGCUCCACCACCAUCACCACCAUCAUCAGCACCAGCAGCAGCAGCAUCAACACCCUCAUCAGCAGCCUAAUCAGCAGCAGCAGCAGCAGCCUCUGCAACAUCAGCAGCAGCAUGAUUGUGAAAUUCAAAGUGCAAAUCAGCUUCACGAUAUUCAUCAGCUUGAUCAGCAGCAACAGCAGCAGCAGCAGCAGAUGCUUCUGAAGGAUUUGAAGUUGGCUUGUGUUGCUGCUGCUGAUGAUGAUGACGUUGACAUUGGCGGUUGUGGCGGCGGUGGUGGCAUUAUUGGUGACCUUGGUAACAUUGGAGGUGGUAGUGGUGGCGGCGGCGGCGGCAUUGUUGGUGGAGUGAUGGGUGGGACACACGAGAGAGUCGGUGGAGGGAGUGGGGGAGUAGGACAUGAGCCUCAGAGGAGCAAGAGGCAGGCCAUCUCUGCCGAGCCCACGGCCAUCAACGUCCAGGACAUCGGAGGAGUCAAGCUGCCGUCGUUCCCCAAGAGCAUUGAGUCUCGGGAGUUGAUUCGCGAGGCGAUCCUGGACAACGACUUCAUGAAGAACCUGGAGCUGUCGCAGAUCCUCGAGGUGGUCGACUCCAUGCACCCGGUGGAGUUCACGCGCGGCAGCUGCAUCAUCCGCGAGGGCGAUGUGGGGUCACUCGUCUACGUCAUGGAGGAGGGCCGAGUGGUCGUCACCAAGGAGGGGGUGAAGCUGUGCACCAUGAGUCCAGGGAAAGUAUUUGGCGAGCUCGCCAUCCUCUACAACUGCACCCGUACGGCCACCGUCAAGGCCAUCACGAACGUGCGCCUCUGGGCAAUCGACCGCCAAUGCUUCCAGACGAUCAUGAUGAGGACUGGCCUCAUCAAGCAGGCCGAGUACAUGGACUUCCUGAAGAGUGUGCCAUCCUUUCAGAAUCUGGCAGAGGAGGUGAUCAGCAAGCUGGCUGAUGUUAUUGAGGAGAUGCACUAUGAUGCCGGAGACUACAUCAUCAGGCAAGGGGCGAGUGGAGACACCUUCUUCAUCAUCAGCAAAGGGCAGGUGAAUGUAACGAGACAGGCCGAGGGGGUGAGUGACGAGCCUGAGCUUCUGAGGUCCCUGGGAAGGGGAGACUGGUUCGGAGAGAUGGCGUUACAGGGGGAGGACGUGAGGACAGCCAACGUGAUCGCAGUGGAGUCAGUCACGUGCCUGGUCAUCGACAGAGAGUCGUUUAAACAUCUGAUCGGGGGCAUCGAGGACAUGUCCACCAAAUGCUGCGAGGACACGGACUCCAAAGCGACCUCGGAGGUGGAAGGGUCGUUCUUCUCCAAGUUGUCUCUCUGCGACUUCACGGCGAUCGACACCUUGGGUGUGGGUGGGUUUGGUCGCGUGGAAUUGGUGCAGCUGAAGAGCGAUGUGAGCCGCACCUUUGCCAUGAAGAUCCUCAAGAAGCGGCACAUCGUGGAGACCCGCCAGCAGGAGCACAUCCGCUCGGAGAAGUCCAUCAUGAGCGAUUCGCACUGCGGAUUCAUCGUGCGACUCUACAGGACGUUCAGAGACAAUAAGUAUCUCUACAUGCUGAUGGAGGCAUGCCUGGGUGGAGAGCUAUGGACCAUACUGAGAGACAGGGGCUCGUUUGAUGACGCCACGACGCGCUUCUACACGGGCUGCGUGCUGGAGGCGUUUUCCUACCUCCACUCCAAGGGCAUCAUCUACCGAGACCUCAAGCCUGAGAACCUCAUCCUGGACACGCGUGGAUACACCAAGCUGGUUGACUUUGGGUUCGCCAAGCGAAUCGGCCUGGGCCGUAAGACUUGGACGUUCUGCGGCACUCCGGAGUACGUCGCCCCCGAGGUGAUCCUCAACCGGGGCCACGACGUCUCCGCAGACUACUGGUCGCUCGGCAUCCUCAUGUACGAGCUGCUCACGGGCAGCCCCCCGUUCUCUGGCGCGGACCCCAUGAAGACUUACAACAUCAUCCUCAGGGGAAUCGACAUGGUGGAGUUCCCCAAACGCAUCCCCAAGAACGCAGCCAUCCUCAUCAAGAAGCUCUGCCGGGACAAUCCCACGGAGAGGCUUGGGAACAUGAAGAACGGAGUGAGGGACAUUCAGAAACACAAGUGGUUUGAAGGCUUCAAUUGGGAAGGUCUCAGGAAGGGCACUCUCACUCCCCCCAUCAUCCCCAAGGUGAGCUCCCCCACGGACACGAGCAACUUCGACAGCUUCCCCGAGGACACAGAGAGCCCUCCCCCAGACGACGACUCGGGCUGGGACAAAGACUUCUGAUGGCUCGCCACGCCGCCUGCCGCCGGUCGGGGUAGUGGCGGCGGUGACAGUGGCGGUAGCGGUGGUAGUGGCUGUGGUAAUGGUAGUGGUGGUGACAGUGGUGGUAGUGGUGGUGGCAGUGGUAGUAGCUGUGGCAGUGGUGGUAGUGGCUUUGGUGGUAGAAGUGGUGGUGGUGGUGAAAGUGGUAGUGGCCGUGUUGGCAGUGGUGGUGGCAGUGGUGGUAGUGGUGGUGGUAGUGGUGGUGGUUGUGAUGGUGCUGCUGGUGGGAGUGGUGGUGGUGGCAGUGGUGGUAUCAGUGGUGGUGGUGGGGGUGUCUCGCGUGUAUGAGGGGUGAGUGAACAUAGGGGCAGUGCAGUACAACACCCGCCCCCACCCUAUCUCUCUCGUCGGUGUGUUGGGCGAGUUGGUUAUGGCUCGAUCGUGUGAACAUUUGUAGCAACUCAACAGUUACCAAAGCUGUAAGACGGUGCUGUGUGUCGUGGGUCGGACGAGUGAAUGGCUCGUGAGGCUCAGAGGAGCCGUUGAAGCCCUCCUGGCCCUUAGCAUAGGGAGGUUGUGAAGUUCACGAUGGCCGUGUCGGUGAGGUUCAAGAUGGCCGUGUCGGUGAGGUUCAAGAUGGCCGUGUCGGUGAGUUUCACAAUGGCCGUGUCGGUGAGUUUCACAAUUGCCGUGUCGGUGAGGUUCACAAUGGCCGUGUCGGUGAGGUUCACAAUGGCCGUGUCAGUGAGGUUCACAAUGGCCGUGUCAGUGAGGUUCACAAUGGCCAAGUCGGUGAGGUUCACGAUGGCCGUGUCGGUGAGGUUCACAAUGGGGCAAGUGUUGUUAGCGAGCACCUAUGGAGGCCGGCACUGUGGUACACGAGGGGGUGGGUGACCAGCACCACGCCCACCCGGCCGCCUUUGUCUCCCCAGUGGCGAUGUUUACUGCACAACGCACCAGGUACUCAUUUGAGGCUGAGCCGACAUAGGGGAGGCCCAGGACCGGUUCAGAUAAUCGUCACUUAUUGUUGGUGGCCGUGAGCGGGAAUCGAACUCGGGUUUCCGAGUUCGUAGUGCAGCGUAGCGCUAACUGCUCCCGCCACCGCUCCCGUCCACACACAGACACAUGCGCGCGCGAGAGUACGUUUUUUCAGUUUUCAGUUUUAAGUUUCAUUUAUUAGGUAUAACCCUGUGAGCCAUGCGGCUCUUGACUCGGGUGCAACCGCAACAAAACAAAAACAUGAACAAGAAACAUCUUGAAGUGGCUACACGCAACGGAAAAGUAAUCGGUCACCUCUAAAACCAACGAUGCAGACCACCUUGCUCCUCACCACCCCCAAUGCGAUCGCCGAUAAGACGAGUGAGAGUUGUGAGUGUGCGUUCGUCACGCGUAAACUAAUUCGGAUCAUCGCCACCGCAUCAGCAUCAACAGCAGCUGUAGAAGCGGAAGUAGCAGCAGCAACAGCUGUAGCAUCAACAGCAGAUGUAGAAGCAGAAGUAGCAGCAACAGCUGUAGCAGCAUCAGCAGCUGUAGAAGCGGAAGUAGCAGCAACAGCUGUAGCAGCAGCAGCAGCUGUAGAAGCAGAAGAAGUAGCAGCAACAGCUGUAGCAGCAGCAGCAGCAUCUGUAGAAGCAGAAGUAGCAGCAACAGCUGUAGCAGCAGCAGCAUCUGUAGAAGCGGAAGUAGCAGCAACAGCUGUAGCAGCAGCAGCUAUAGAAGCAGAAGUAGCAGCAACAGCUGUAGCAUCAGCAGCAGCUAUAGAAGCAGAAGUAGCAGCAGCGUGCAACAUAAUCGUGAACGACUGCCCCAAAUCGGAUCAUUCAGAUCGACGAUAUGAAACAAAUCAAUUCGGCUACUCCUGAAGCUGUAGCAGUUAAAGCAUCAGUUGCAGCAGAAGUAGCAGCUGUAGCAGCAGAAGUAGUUGCAACGGUAGCUGUAACAUCAGCUGUAGCAGCAGCAGAAGUAGCAGCAUGAGCAGCCGAAGUAGCUGCAACAGCAUGAGCAUCAGCAGCAGAAGCAGGAUUUAGCAUCAACCAUAGCAUCAGCUGUAGCAGCAGCAGAAGUAGCAGUUGAAGCAUCAGCUUUAGCAGCAGCAGAAGUAUCAGCAGUGACAGCAGUUGCAGCAGAAGCAACAACACUAGUAGCAGCUGCUGUUGGGGUGCGAUUGUACGACGUUUCGGGGGGGGAGCGGGGAUGUGUGUGGGUAGUGGGCUGAGCCGUCCGCUAUCGACGCCUCUGAUGGCGCUUCUUGUUGCUGGCCGCUCGCCAUUCUUUGGAAGUGGGGAGGGGGGAGACUGGGCACGCUGCUGCUGUUGUAGGAUAAAUGAAUGAAGGAACGAAUCAUUUUAGAAAAAUGUGUGGGCGCUCCUGAAGAAUCUCCCGGCAGGUGGAGCAGAACGUCGGACAUCAACGGCACGUGGGAGAAAAUGACGUGAAACUCACCGCGUUCACUAUCAAUAGCUGCCUUCUCUCUCAUCUCUCUCUCUCCUGACUUCUCUUCCCCUCUCAACCUCUCCUCCCUCUCUCUCCCUCCUCUAUUUCCUCGCUCUCCCUCUCUUCAUUCCCCCCUCCUCUCCCCAUUUCCCUCGUCCACCUAUCUUCCUCUCUCAAUCUUCUCUGUCUUGACCUGUCCCUCUCUUGUCUCUCUCCUCUCUCCUGACCCCUCUUCCUCUUUCCCUCUCUUCAUUCUCCCCUCCUCUCCUCGCCCUCGUCCCACUCUCUCCCUCUCUCUUUUUUUUACGAUCAAUCUUAUCUACCUUGACCUCUCGCUCCCUCAUCCCCUCUCUCUUUUGUUGUUGUUGUGUUUUUUGUUUUUUUGUGUGCAUCCCCUCUCUCGUCCAUCUCACUCCGUCUCUUUCCUCCCUCUCCUCCUAUCUCCCCAUUUCUCUCAUCGUCAUCAUCUCUCUCCUCCACCACCUCUUUCUCUCACUCGCUCUCUCACUCCUCCUUAUCUCUCGUCCCUCUCUCUUCCCUCUACCCCUCUGCUAUCUUUCGUCCCCUUUCAUCCUUGUCUCUCCCCCCCCUCUCACUCGCUAUCUCUCCACCUUAUCUCGCUCUCUCGUCUCUCUAGUCCUCUCUCCUCUCACUCCUUAUCUCACGUACCUCUCUAUACCCCUAUCUCUCUCACUCAUCUCCCCCCUCUCACUCCUAUCUCCUCGAUCUCUCUGGCUCCUCCCUUUCUCUUGUCCCUCUUUUUCUCUCUCCCUCUCUCUCCCAACCGGCUCUUAUCUCCCUUGUGGGGUGCAAAAAGUGCCUUAUGUAAUCUGCAUGAAACGUAACACAAACCGCCGGGUGAACGCAACUCCACACACACACAAAAAAUGAUACAUAGAGACAAAGUUCCCCCGUAUAGCCUUUAGCAGACUAUUGGGGGCAAGUGCUGUUAGCGAGUAGCAUCUGUGAAGGCCUGCACGGCACACGAGGGGGUGGGUGGCCAACCCCACCCCUGGCCGCCUUUGUCUCCCUAGUGGCAAUAUUUUUACACAUAGUACCAGGUACUCAAUUGAGGCAGAGUCGACCUAGGAGAGGCCUAGGACCGGCUCAAAUAAUCGUAACUGGUGUUGGCCUUGAGCGAGAAUCGAACUCGGGAUGCCUGGUUCAUAGCGCAGUGUAGCACUAACCGCUACACUACCGCUCCCCACACACACUACACACAACACGUAGGUCCACGCGGCCGCCAUGAUGCCGUGAGGUGUUUCUGGCGACGGUUCGGUAGUUGCCAUUGUUGAGUCCGCGUCAAGUUGUUGUGCGCGAUG